CGUACAUGCAGAAGGAGGGAGAGAGAGGGGAGGGAGGCAGAGAGAGAGCGCCACACACUACGAGGGAACCCCAUCAGCUGGAAGUAGAGUAACAUUACAACUCUUAACGUUCAGCUAACGUUACAUUCAUAUGCACAGGACUGUAAAAUCAGAAGGAUAUACCAGAUUAGUUUAAUUAAAUGCGCGGUCGCUUGCGGGAAUCUGUUUUACAAGGCACGAUUAUUCAAAAUAAGCAAAAUAUUAGAAGACUCGGGGACUCAAAGCUGGAGAGGAAAGCAUGGAGUAUUUCAUGGUACCAACUCAGAAGGUGCCCUCCUUGCAACAUUUUAGGAAAACGGAGAAAGAAGUCAUAGGGGGCUUGUGUAGUUUAGCGAACAUCCCCCUCACGCCAGAGACGGCACGGGACCAGGAGCGGCGCAUUCGCAGGGAGAUCGCCAACAGCAACGAGCGCAGGCGUAUGCAGAGCAUCAACGCUGGAUUUCAGUCACUCAAAACACUCAUACCACACAGCGAUGGCGAGAAGCUGAGCAAGGCUGCCAUCCUGCAGCAGACAGCCGAGUACAUCUUCUCUCUUGAGCAGGAGAAGACGCGGCUAUUGCAGCAGAACACACAGCUCAAGCGCUUCAUCCAGGAGUUUAGUGGCUCGUCACCAAAGAGGAGGCGUGCAGAGGAGAAGGACGAGGGCAUCGGCUCUCCAGACAUCCUGGAGGAGGAGAAGGUGGAGGACCUACGGCGGGAGAUGAUUGAGCUCCGGCAGCAGCUGGAGAAAGAGCGCUCAGUGCGUAUGAUGCUGGAGGAGCAGAUCCGCUCUCUGGAUGCUCACCUCUACCCGGAGAAGUUGAAGGUGAUUGCCCAGCAGGUGCAAGAGCAGCACGUGCAGACACAGACUCUGCUCCGCCUGCAUCAGCAGGAGCAACUGGAGAGAGAGUCUGCCCGCAGCCCGCAGGUGUUCUCCCCAGCCACUCCCCCUGCCUCCACCCACCACGCCACGGUUAUAGUUCCUGCUCCCACGUUGCCUCCGCCCCCCCACCACGUCAACGUGGUAACCAUGGGCCCUGCCUCAGUCAUCAACUCAGCAUCCACAUCGCGACAGAACUUGGACACCAUUGUGCAGGCCAUCCAGCACAUUGAGGGCACGCAGGAGAAAAUGGGCAUGCCUGAAGAAGAACAACGCCGGGCGGUCAUCGUCACCCCAGGCCGCGUGGUCACAGACACUGCGGACUCUGACACUGCCUCCGAUAAUGAAGGGUCAGAGGACUGUUAACCGCCCUGAGAGCUCCCCUUCAGUAAUGGGGCGAAGAGGGUGGCCACAGCCACAGGGAGGGCCCUCCCGCAGACUCUGUCUCUCUCUCUCUCUCGCUCUCUCGCUCUCUCUCUGUCUUUCUCUGUCUCUUGCUCACAUAGACAUGCAGAAUGAAUAGGAUAGUGUUAACAGACCUGAAAAGGUUCAAUCAAGAGUUCGUUGAACAAAAUGUUUAAAACAUAAUCAGUCUAUCUCUAUCUCUCUCUUUCACUCAGUCACACAUACACACACACACACA